AUGCUGAUUAUUCUUCAACACCACCCUGUCUAUACCUUGGGGUCCGGUAGUACCAAAGACCACCUGAAUUUUGAGUUAAAGGAUGCUCCUUUUGAUGUUUAUCGAACCGAACGCGGUGGUGAAGUUACAUAUCAUGGACCUGGUCAGCUAGCUAUGUACCCUAUUAUCAAUCUCCAUUGUCACAAGAUGGAACUUCAUUGGUACCUUAGGACACUAGAGGAGGUGGACAUUCGUGUUCUUUCCUCAACAUUUUCGAUCAAGGCUUCCCGGCUAGAGGGUUUUACUGGUGUUUGGGUUGGGGGUGGGUUGCGCAAAGGGAGGGGGUUGCACAGAAGAAGAGGGUUUGAUUGCACAGAGGGGGUAGAGAGGAGGGUGGGAGGGGCACUUGGGAGAAAACCAAGGCCGUGGCGCAAUGGCGGUGGCACUGGAGAUGUCGCCGAGGAGGUGGUCAUUCGUGUUCUUUUCUCAACAUUUUUGAUUAAGCCUUCCAGGCUAGAGGGUUUAACUGGUGUUUGGGAUCAUCGAGUUGGAAGCAUAAAAGGGAUGCUGGGAGAAUCUAUAUCAUCUGAUGGGCAUGGAACAACAAAUAUCGUCAUGGCGAUGAUAACCUUCUGA